CCCUUCACUUACCCACGGCCGCGAAGCUAAGCACGCUCCCCUGUCCCUUGUCUUUUGUCUCUCUUCCUCCUCUGUGUGGUUGGCUUCUACAGGAAAGCUGCUUCAGGUUUAGGCUGUAGCAGUCUCGCUGCUUGACGGGCACCCGUAUCUGCGUCCCUCCAUCUCUUCCCUUUGCCAUCCAUUCCUCUUCUCUUCAACAAACAGUUACACCUUUGGACACCUAAUAACAUCCAGUAUCCUCCUUCGACGCUCGGACAUCUUGAACGCCGUUGUUCUCUACCUCCCGAUUCGUUUCCUGUGUUCUUGUCUCCGAGAACUUUGUCGAUCUUUUCCCGCCAUCGUGUCUCGACACUCUGGUAAUCUCUUCUUCAUCUCGAAAACAUUGCCCUUCAACAACACCAAAACUAUCUCAAAUCGCUCAAAACUUCUCUGCAUACCUCCCUGCUCAUCUCGAUCUUUUUUCCGAGUGUUCGCGACACCUCCUUUCCCGUCUGCGCCUAGGCGGCCCUCCCACCGACCAGUCAUCACCCUCCUUGACAAUCUGUUCAGGGUGAAAAACCGCUCGAAAAAGGUGGAAAACAAAUAUCUGAGGGCUCCAGGAUACAAACCACACUUGCGCGAUAUCUUCGACGCGAUUUAGAGACUCUCAGCUCUAGGUGGUUCUGUCCUGCCCUGGCGAUGCGCGAUAUGCGACCUACGACUUUAUGACCUAAAUCAGACACAGUCAUCUUCCAAUUCAAUCAAUGAGGAAGUACUCUGCCAGAUUAUGACAGAGUCCUCCCUCCUCACCACGCAUCCCACGCCGAACCAUUACCCGGUCACCGCCGCACCCUCUUUAGCCUCUCCUUUGCCCAAUGGUUCCCUCUCUGACACCAAUAUCCAAGAAGAGGAGGAAUACACGAUCAAAUGCAUAUGUAUCUACGCGGACGAUGAUGGCAACACUGUCUACUGUCCAAAGUGUGACACCUGGCAGCACAUUGAGUGCUACUAUCAUGGCAAAAAAGUGCCAGAAGAGCAUUUCUGUGCAGACUGCUUCCCCCGAGAUCUUGACGCAAAGAAAGCUACCGAAAGGCAGAGGCGGCGCAGAGAGGCUAUCGACGGUGGUGACCGGAAGGUCAAGCGACCUAGCUCCAAAAGUCAGAAAAAGAAGCACAAAGAGAACAACGCGACUGCCGAGCAGGUGAACGGUUGGCACUCGCUCGACCGCCAUGACUCGGCGAUUAGCUCAAAAGAUGGUCCCCUUGCAAAGAAGCCGAAGACGAAUCAUCGCACCUCCGGCUCUAUUGUAUCGAUGAACGGCGAAUCCAGGAAACGCGCCGCUUCCAAUCUUCAGUCAUACCCAAGUCCCUCAAAAUCACCUCAAGACCUCUUCCGUUUUCCUGCUAUACCUACCUACACACCUGAAUUCCUCGAACUGUAUGAUCGCGACGAAGGAAAUACCAAUGCGAGAGACAAUGAGCAGACCAUCCAAGCGGCCAAUAAACUCUCUACGUGGCGAACUGAUCCAUCCCUCGCGGUCAGCGCUCCUGGACUGCAACCUACGGCAAAAUCUCCCUUUGUGCGUCUCAACCGGCCUUUGGAUCAAAGUGCUUGGCCUGAGGUGUCAGUCGAGACAGCCUCAAAGACAGAUGCCGAGUACGAAGGUCGGUUUCCCACGUGGCGGUUCCUGCGCGUUCAGUCUCCUGUAAGAAAAGACGAGAUUGUGGGGGAAGUGCGUGGACAAGUGGGCAUGUUGGAGGAAUAUUGCCAGCAAAAGUCGUCCUCCAACCGAUGGCAGGAACUGCGGCAUCCUGACCCUUUCGUGUUCUUCCAUCCUCAUAUGGACAUCUACAUCGACAGCAGAAAGUCCGGCACCCGGUUCCGAUACAUACGGAGGUCAUGUCGGCCCAAUGUCACGCUCAAGACCUUUGUUUCUGACGACGAUGAGACACACCACUGUUUCGUUGCCAGCAAAGACAUCCCGGCGGGAUCCGAACUCACCACAACCUGGUUUCUGGAUCAAGGCAUGUUUUCUGUCGAUGCCGUCCGCGAUGAUUCAGAACAAGCGCAGAGUCGGCGUCUGGACUGGGUCAGUCGAGUUCUCGCCAAUUUCGGAGACUGCGCCUGCGACUCGAGUUCGCCCUGCCUUCUUGCAAACUUCGACCGGCGAUCGUCUGCGAAGUCAACAGAGAUUGUGCCAAAAGAGAAAGGAGGCAGAAAGAAGAAGAGUAAGAAUAAGCACACCAUUUCGCCUUUGAGCACUGGACAGGCCACCAACAGUCGUGCAGGGAGCGAACCCAAGUUGCUUGACGAUGAGGACCAAUUCGACCGCCGGUCCACCUCCGAGUCCUCUCCCAGUAAUCCACAGAGUCGAGACAUCACUCCGGUCAACGUGGCCGCUCUCGACGCCGAUCCGGUUCUUGGGAGUGGCCUUACGGCUCGUGAACUGCGCAAGAUCCAGAUGGCUGAAAGAGCAUUUGCGCAAAAAGAGCAAGAACAGAAGGACCAGGGCGGACAGGGACCAUCACGGAAGAAGAAGCGAACCAGUGGUGGAUCAACUCUCCACACACCCAGCGCGAAUGCGUCCAAACAACUAGGACACGGCUCUACUUCCCAGCCUCCAACACCCAGCAGUCAUCCCUUGAAGCCGUACGACCAUUCUCUCGGGUCUCCGCCACCGCGCGAAGGAUCUCUGAAACGUGCCAAGUCGACAGACACGGCGAGCAGAUCUGAGAACAAGCUCGUGCGGCCUGUGUAUGUUAGUGUAUCGGUUCAGACUGAACCGGAGGAGUCUGACAUGCCUCUGCCGCCACCAAAGAGAAGGAAAUUUUGCACACCGGUGCAGCGGCUGCUUAGAAAGCUCUUGGAAGAUCGGGCAAUACAUGGUCAAGAGUGUGGGUCACCGACAUCACCGCUGGCUGCCAGCAUUGAAGCGUCAUCUGUGUCUCUGGAUACUGCAGAAGAUGUCGAGAUGAAGGAUGCCGCCACAGAGGGUGAGAACGUUAUUGCUGGGGUAUCACCAACAAGUGUCAAGAGCAUUGCUAGUCCUGUCAAUGUGGGCACGCCAGUAUAUCCCCUUCCCUCGCAGGCGGCGCAUACACGACCGCCAUUCACAUCUCCAGCUCCUCCUCGAUUGCAUUUGUUGUCGUUGCCGCCUGUCCCUACAUUUCCCGCUACCAGCACCAUAGCUUCAACCUCGGCAAGUACGGCCAUGACUCCUGGACCCUUGACAGCAACAGCUCAAUCACCCUUGGCUUUGCCUUCUUCCAGUCCGUUCCCAGUAACAACACCGGGCGCUGCGGUUACUCCAAGUCCAGCUAGGAAGAAGUUGAGUCUUGGAGACUAUAUGAGUCGGCGGCUGGCCUCGACACCUUCGGUUGAAAAGUCUCAAGCCGAAACCGGCGUCAAUGCUGUGACUGACGCAUCCAAAACACCCGAACAAAGUCAUGAUUCACCAGUGGCGCCAGAAGCCGACCACCAACAGCUGAGUGAAGAAAGCGCAUCUCAUGCGGCAGCUGGUGUGAAAGAUGAGGGUGAAGAACGGGAGUACAGUCCGCCAGAAGCUGUACCACCAGUUGCAGCACAGUCAGUUCAGCCGUGAGCGACUUGCUACGACCCAACAAACCGGGUCGCAAAGUACCUCACGUCUCGGACUGGCAUUAUGUCGAAUUACCAUUUCUACAAACGAAUAGACUUGUUUUGGACCUUUCACAAGGCUUGGGCACGCAGGGAUGACGAGGCUACACCAGAAGAAUCGGGUGCGGCUAUUUGCCACCCAGAGGGCAUAUGACAUGAGAUCCGGAAUAGCAAGAUGGGAUCUGAUGUCGGCGUUUAUAGGUUGGGAUUUCCAAGAUGUCAGGGAUGGGAAGUCAGGAUUCGAUGGGCCAGUGAAAAGUGCAAGCUUCGGGCAGUCCUGAGGCACUUUUGUCAUGUGUAUAUAUUAGUUCUUUGACUGGGGACGGCCGACGUGUCUGGCCGAGAUGAGCUUCACUGGGUGGCAGCAAUGUGUAUCUUUGCGUGUAUGAAAAUGAAGGUGAAAGAGCUGGACACAAGCAAGAGCUUGUGUAGGCGACAGAUGAAGUGAAAUACAGAACUCCAAUUCUUCACUUUAUUUCUUGUCUACCUGCGGUAUAGGUACUAGCUUAGGUACGAGACCUCCUAGGUAUUCACGAUCAGUUGC